UUCUUUUCGACGUUUCUGCCGAUUGUGACCGGAGGUGUUUCAAUCGCGUGCUUCUUGAAAAAGUGGCAAAUAACCCCACAAAACCAGCAAAAUGGUGAAAGUUAAGUGUUCCGAGCUUCGUACGAAGGACAAGAAGGAGCUGACCAAGCAGCUGGAGGACCUGAAGAAGGAGCUGCUGAAUCUGCGUGUGGCAAAAGUCACCGGCGGUGCUCCGUCCAAGCUGUCGAAGAUCCGUGUCGUCCGCAAGGCGAUCGCCCGCGUGUACAUUGUGAUGAACACGAAGACGAAGGAGAACCUCCGUAAGCUGUACAAGGGCAAGAAGUACGUGCCGCUGGAUCUGCGCCCGAAGAAGACCCGUGCUAUGCGUAAGGCCCUGUCUUAUCGCGAUGCCAAGAGAUUGACGCUGAAGCAGCAGCGUAAACGCGCGAAGUUCCCCCGCCGCCGAUACGCCGUCAAGGCUUAAGGGGGUAGAGCGGGAGGAAGGGAAGUCGUCCCCAAGAGCUGUGUCUGGUGUACGUGUGUGGAUACCUCCGUUUUGGUUCGUAUCGCUGAUGGUCGUUCCGGAUGAAGAUCAUGUAUAUCGAGAUCGGUAUAAUACAAACCCACGUUUAUUGAACCACAAA